AUGGAUGGGCAGACGAGCUUCAAAGAAAUCCUCAUGAGGCAUAAUGGGGAAUGGGAUCUGGAUGAAGAAAAAGAUUUGGAAGAGAGGAACAAGAUGCUCCUGGAUGGGAUUGAGCAUGAUGCGCACGUUCAGGAGAAAGAAAAUGACCAUGAGAAGAUGGAGGAGCCGUCAGAAGUUACGUUAGAAGUGAGGGAGGAUGGAAAAACGAAUUUCAAACUCUCUGCUCUUUUCAAGCAAAAGGCGUGGAAGCCAUGGCAGCAGUCGCUGAUUAUUAAGUUGCUUGGGAAGAAGCUUUCGAUCAAUUUUUUGAGGAAGAGACUGGAUAACAUGUGGUCAAGAGAUGGCAAAAUCUUCGUAACAGACAUUGAGAACGAUUUCUUUCUUGUUCGGUUUGAAAAGAAGUCAGAUAUGGAGCAUGUUUUAUCAGGAGGCAAGUUUAUUCGCUUGGAUACUGCUACAACAAAUCUUGCUAGGGGUAAGUUCGCCAGAAUUUGUGUGGAGGUUGAUUUAACCAAACCUCUAAAAGCGGAAUAUUUGAUUGAAGGAAGAUAUAAGCAGGUGGAAUACGAAGGUCUUCAUCUCAUUUGUUACUCUUGUGGCAAGUAUGGCCAUAGAGCUGAAUCAUGUAACAGCAACUUGGGGUCGAAUGGUGUGGCUGAAGGCGAACGAGGAAUGGCUAUUGAUGUAGAUGGUCAUAUGGAUAAGGGGACAGCUGGGGUUGAGGAGGACAGGCAAGAAGGCUUCGGGCCUUGGAUGGUGGUAACUAGAGAAGGAAAAAAAGGAAGAGUUGUUUCUGGUAAAAGGGAAGGUGGAGGAGGAAAGGAGGCGAUAGGAAGCAAUACUAACUUUGAACAAAUAUCGAAGGAGGAUAAACAUGAAACAAAAGAAAACAAUGAAGCUGCUAAUGUUCAACGCGUUGAAGGUUUAGAGAAAGCAAUUAUUUUGGUGGAUGAGAAGAAGACUCGGACUUCAAGCAGACAGAAAAGGCAAGGAUCCAAUGAUAGAGUUAGGCUUGUGGGAACUCAAAAUGCUUUCAAUCUUGUUUGGGACGAUAUUAUGAGUCAAGACAAGGAAGAAGAGAUAAGUUUGAUUGAUCAAAAGGAAAUUUUCAAAAGGAUUCAAAACGCAGUGCAUGUGCGUUUAAAUCCAACUUUUGAUGGAACUAGGGAAGAUGCUAGUUUAGGGCAGUUGAUGGUGGAAAAUACAAAAAUAAGUUUGACAGGUACUGCGUCAGAUAUGCAUGUACAACACGUUAAUCAGGCUUCAGAUGGUAGGGGUAGAGUGCAACAUUUGAAACCUCCUGAUACAAAAAAUAGGGGGCACAAAGAGAGCAAUGCCAAGCCGAGAGCCAUAGUCUCCCAACGUGGAGUAGGAAGGAAUUUAACUGGUCGGUUGUCUCAGGUGCAAUCUCAGCCUGGAUCUUCCAAUAAAGAAACUCAUACUGGUAGUGUAAACAAUAGAAGGCUAAUGAAGAAACUUCAGUUUAGUUCUGCUGUCUUUGAGGAGGCUAAUGGUUUUUCGGGUGGUAUUUGGGUGUUGAGUAACGAUAAAAAGGCAAGAGUGCAGCUUUUGUCUCAGUCGAAUCAGUUUAUUCAUAUGACUGUGAAGAUUGAUGAUGGUCCUAGUUUUCUUUGCACGGCUGUUUAUGGCAGUCCUAGAGAAGACGAAAGGCAAGUUAUGUGGGAUGACGUUAAGCAAUUGAGUCUCAACGUUAACCUUCCUUGGAUUUUAGCUGGUGACUUUAAUGACAUAAAAUGCAUGGGGGAGAAGAAGGGAGGUUCUCAACCUGAUUCGAAUAAAUGUGAUAGGUUUGCAGGUUUCUUAAAUGAUUGUCAUGUGGAUGAUCUUAUCAGCUCUGGCUCUGAAUUUACUUGGCAAGGCCCAAAGUGGAACCACUUGCAAAGAGUUUAUAAAAAGUUAGAUAGAGCAGUUGUUAAUGUGAACUGGAGAAUCUGCUUUGAAGAUGCUGAAGUCCGAAUUCUUCCAAGGCAUCAGCCCGAUCAUAGUCCCCUUCUUGUGAAAUUCUCCAAUCGUCCCAAUCUUUGGCAAGAUAGACCGUUUCGGUUUAUUGCUUCUUGGUUAGACCAUCCCAACUUCAACGAUCUGAUGCAGGAUAAGUGGAAUAAGAACGUUGAUUUUAAUCAGAUGCUCAAUAGAUUUGUUCCAAUUCUUAAAAAGUGGAAUAAGGAGGUGUAUGGAAACAUAGGUAGAAGGAAGAACAAUUUGGUUAAUGAUAUUGCCUCUGUCCAAUUAAAGAGGUCUGUUGCGGAUAGUCCGAAUCUUCAUGAACUGGAAAUCAGUUGUCAAAUUAGUCUUGAUCAUGUGCUGGAGGAGGAAGAAUUGUUGUAG